AUGAUAGAGCAAAAGCUAGCUACUUUCUUUUUGAAUUUCUUGCCUGCUCGAAGCUACGGCCAUCCUACCGAUCCUAUCCGAAAGGUCGUUCAAGCACUAGCAGACCUCAGAUUCAAUCUUCAAGCCAAAAGCCUGAUCUUGCUACUAGAAAGCGAAGGAGCACACAAAGCAAACGAAGUGACUGCACCAACGAAUCAAGCUGAACACAUCUUUGAUCCACUCUACGAACUGAAAGCAAAAUCUCGCAAAACAAGCACGCAAGAAUGGCUAUGUUGGGAAGGGGAUCAGCGCUAUGAUCGCUUUGAGUUCUGCUCGAAGUGUGUAUGCUUACGUACGACUUGCCAUUCGGCUAUAGAUCGGGUUCUUCCCUCGAACUCCCCGACUGUAGCAGCUGUUGAAAAACCAGUGUUAGCAAUAUCCCUUGUUUUCGUAAACGUCUCCCAUGGGAUCUGCUGUUACCGUGAUGGCCUAGCUCCCCAUCAUCGACCAAAGAUGCAAGUAGCGCUUUAUUCGACUGGCAGGGUGCCAUACAUAUAUCUGACCUUCCCCGCCCUUAGCAUUGAGAAAGAAUUUCUCAAGGAUAUCCGUCUCACAGAAGUCUGGGCUGGGGAACGAAGUGACUUACGGGAUGAAAUUCAGCGAGGGAAGGAAGCCCGGGGAAGAUGCUGCCGAAGGAGAAGUUCUAAGUUAGAGUCUCUAUCCGACAGUGGGCUAGGGGGCCAUAGGAUUAAUGGCACCCGUAGCGUAACGGCUAACUACCUCUAG